CCGACAAGCUCCGUCUCCUCACUGCAGGGAUCUACAGCGCGUGUAUCCGCAGCUGCAUCGGAGGCUUACUAUGAGGGUACUGUUACCGUGGGAACGCGCCACCCACAGCAGAUUAUGCCAUGGUACGCAGCGCAUCAGCUUCUAGAGUCCAAGGCUUUCGCGGUUUCGCCAACACAGGGCAUUCGACUCGAUCUCUACCGGCGAAAGCUAACCAAUUUUCGUUUUUCAGAAAAAAGUUUAACAGGGGACCGCCUGUACACUUUGAUGGGAACGGACGUGACAACUACAAGUGCAAGAGACGACGGCGAGACCGAAGGGGCAGAGCGCGAACAGCCGGAGCAGGGAGCAACACAACAUGAAGAGCAGCAUAAAAGUGCUAACAAUUAUGUUGAGGAAACCGAGCUAAACGAUUUCCUCUGGGAUGUUGAUCUGAAAGAGAUGCGCAACAACAACAAGCAUUCUCAGCAGCACGAACCUCGCAGCGGCUCUCAGUGGACUCAGAUUCUUGAGGAUCUUGCGGAUGCGACUAAGAACGAAGUAGAAGCUUUAGUGAAUGAGAAGACCACUAUUCGCGUAGACAUACCCUUGCGACAUAAGAAUUACUUUGUGGUGCGAAGCUGGUUCCAAGGAGCGGAAGACAUCAGAUCCUUGCAGGACGAAAAGGCUUUCGAAUGGCGACAGGCUGAGAUCGAUGCCGAGAAUGCCUACUUGGCCGCACGAUGGCGUGACCUCGUGCGGCUGCCACUGGCUGCAAAGGUUAUGUGAAAAAGUUGUUGUACUUGUUGUACAACCAGUCUGGCUUACUUUGUUUAGAAGUAUAUCUACCAGAUAUUUUUUGAACUCUGCAUUUUCCAUAUACUUGUUCCGGUGGAGGUCGCGCUUAUAUUAUAGGAAAAACUUUCAACGGUAGUACUUGUACUGUGUGUGUCGUGUGCCCUGGCAUGCUAACCACUAGGACCCCUAGGACAUAUUAAUAUUUAUAGAGUGCAUGUUCGUCGUGGAUCCAUCAGUAACAGCAUUGUUAUGAAGCAGGUACAACAUGUAGUCAAAGUCAUCUCGCAUCUCUAAGACUGGUCAUGAUCUUUCGCGACUACUUCCGCCGGUGCUAGAAGAUCGAAAAAACGAUUGGCGAGGUUUCAUUGCCGUUUUGGAAGACACCGGUAUCAUAGGUAAAAGUGGAGUUGGUUCUCCUUCGCCUUCUCGAUCAGAAGUCGCAGACCCUGAGUGGCGAUCGUCUGAGUGGUGGUUUCUGGCGGAGCGAGUACACGAACUGGAGUCAGAGAUGAAUCGGAGGAGGGAAGAGGCGAAAACACAUGCUAGAAAAAUGGUGGAAAUACAACGACGAGCCACUUCAACCGCAGUUGCAGCUAGUAGUCCUAGUAGCGUGUCCAAACCAAUGCCAUCCCCAUCACCUGCUUCUACUACGACUGCCUCUCUUUUGCGAAAGGAAAGUGCAGAAAUUCGUGACGAACUUUUGCGACUGAGUUAUCUAAAGUUUCCAAUGCCGGUAUUUGUCCUACAGGGCGCGCAUAGUAAGCAUAUGCCUGGCGCAGCGGAUUUGGUGGAGCAGGUGAGUCGCGAUCAUCCUGUGAACAUCAACAUCGAGCCUGCUGACAUCCACCACCUGCGCAUUCGUUUGGCCAAGAGCUUCCAUCUAGCGGGGGGCACGGACUCUUCCUCUUACAUCCUCAACUGUGCACGGGAUGUAAUCGCCGUCGCUAGCAUACAGAAGACAAGAGCGGUGACCAGACAUGAAGAAUACGCGAACGCGUACGGGAGAAAAAUAAAAGUAUUAAAAGAGAAAACCGAUGUGCUGUUGAAGCCCAACAAUGACGCAUAUCGCUUCAUCAUGCGGAACCCAGGUAAUUCAAAUUAACCUUUCGUUACUUACUUGGUUUUGGCUAUCAUUCUACUGCCAAGGCUAUUCCUUGUCCUUAAUUGAUCGCGAAAAUCUAGUCUUCUCAUCAUAUUAACCUUUCUGACUCAACCCAACCACGAUGUCGAUGCUGAUAAUCCUAGGCUAAGUGACAUGAAGACGUGAUGAAUAUUUUCCACCACAACUGACUGGAAAAGGAAUUCCGCGAUCAUGGUGCUAUGUAGAAUGAAAAUAUAUUCCAGGACAUCAUGUCGCGGGUGGAGAAAUAAAUAAUGAUUUUCUCCUUUUGGGUUCGCAACCAGUCCGUUAUCGUGGUAAAUUGAACAAGGAGAUGCAACCGCACGGUUACGGCGUCCUUCAGAUUGGAGACGCUGGAUUUUUUGUCGGCUUUUUUAAGGACGGUUGGCGUUCCGGCGUCGGCGCGAUCAUCACUGAAUCCUUCGCCUCGGUCGGAAAAUGGGUCCGUCCGAAGAACCAGAGCAAAAGUCUCCGCGUCGGCUGGCAUGUAAUCUUCGAGAAGGACACUCAAGGCGUUUUCACCCCAAAAGGGCUCUGGAGCUAUGACGGCCAACACCUGUGGAGCAAUCGCGAAGUCGAACUUGUCAUUCAGCGAAAUCUGCAUCAUCAAACUACUUCCGCAACAGCAGCAGCAGCAGCAGCAGGAGGUAGACUAGAUACAACAACGUCGACUGUAGUUGAAAGGACUAGCAGGUCAAAGCAGAAGGUCGAAGAAAAGAAGAGACUACGUCAUCUUCUACUAGCGCAGCAGGACGAGGAACUAGAUCAUGUUCAACAAGGACGAUUCAAAUCACCAGGCGAAACACGUCGAGGGGGAGUAGUUUCUUCAGCUGACAAGCGGUCAGAUGAACCUUCUGAGGACAGUAACGACUAUCCAUCUUUCAAGUUUGCUUUGACUGCGCCAUGGCCAGGUACCAUCAGUGAGGUUGCGCUCAGUUGUCGCUAUGCUAGAGGACAGGGCUCAGACGAGUAUUUUGUCCGAGAAGCGGUAUUCGAAAAGAAAUCCAUUUAGGGUAUUUUUGUGCCACGGCUGUCGGCUCCUGCUCGCGGCCUUACACGACUCAGUAGAAGUAGACAUAAGAAGUUCUUUUUUAGGGUAAUAUUAUGAUUAGUUCGUCACCUCGCUCUACGUUCUUCAUCGAGGAGUUGCACAGGGACAGGAGGGUAGCCCAUGAUAUUUACUAGUCGAGUAUAUCUCGAGGUGAAAUCGCUUAGUUAUCUAUGAUCUGUAUUUAUUGACUUACGUCGCUAUGGCUAUGGUCUGUCAUCUACGAACUGCCAGUUUCGAAAAUCGAAUGUUCGAAUGUUAAUACCCUUAGUUAAUUUUGAAAAUGCUAGAGAAUCAAUCACAAUUGGCAAAAUGAAUAAUCAGUAUAACCACGCAGCGCAGCGCAUUUUCAUUGAUUUGUAGUUGUUAUCUUGUCUUAGAAAUCAUUCAUUUUAGGUAUUAGAGUUUCGGGAGGCGACUAGCAAAGGGAGCUGUGUUGCUGUUGUCCUAGUAAUCAUGAUUUGCAUCUUCAAGCAAAGUUAUUGUUCUUCGCUAGGAUACUAAUCGAUACAACCCAUGGUUUUCUUAGCAACUGCUCUUGGUGGUCGUGUGGAAGAUUUUUAUUGUGGUGUCUGUUGUAUUGAAAUUUUGGCUGUACUAGUUGCUUGCCCUCCUCUUAUUUCCAGGUCGCGAAAUAAGACACCCUAAAGCGGUUGCGUUUCCUGCAGGCGAUGAUCUGAGGAGUCAAGAAACUACCAAAUAUGUGUUGAGAUGUAUUUUUGAUUGUAUUGUAGCUUCUACUUAUUCUAUCUUUUCUUGUGAAUAAAGACGGGGAACAGGAGGGAGGUUCUUCGGUCAAGGUCUUGUCAAGGAUCAUACGCAGUACUAGAAUCGAUUAUGACGUGGCAUUUCAUCGUCUUGUUGUAGUAAGUAAAUGUCUUUGCAUUUUUGGCUUUCACCCUGGAGGUGUUGAUCAUGUUUUUGCGCCGUGAUCACACCCGGUUCAUCUAAAUCUGAUCUAAAUCUACUUUAUAAGUAGUUUGUUGAAAAGAAACCUAGCUUGCGAAUAAUUGAAAAGCUUUAACCAUCGUGGAAUCUAUGAUCGUUUAGAUUAUGUACUCGCCCUUCGUCGAUCACAUUCCGUAAUCAUGAGAUCGACGCCUCCAUACAGUCGAUGUGUUUGCGUAAAUUCGAGCUCAGGUGGGAUGCAUCGCAUGUCGAUCGAAGAGAAGCAGACGCGUCGUGGGGCAGCGUGUUUGAUCAACACAUUGAAGGGGGAUGUCGCCAUCUAACGGUUGUGGAAAUCUGCGGCGCUUUUCUGAUAAAAGACAUCGUUCUCAGUGAUGAUGUCUUCUAUGAGAACAGGCAGCGCCAACGGCAUCGCGAUGGAAACAUAUCGCGUUUCUGGCGGCGUGUCUAUAUCGUUUGAUAGAAUCAAGCCUCUUGCGUACGCGGAUGCAGCGGAUGUUGAUACAUGCUUUUUAUACAAGGAGGGUUUUUCAUCUAUCGUACAGGUACAUUAAGAUUGAAUGAUUGCAGAUAAUAUGCAUUGAAGAUUGAAGUUCACGUUAUUAUGAUCGAUUCAAGUUGAAGGUGAUGACUCUCAUGUCACUAAGCUGUGACCCAACAUCACAGGAGAUAAAGUGGCCUAUGAAAACAUCUUUUCGAGGUAGCAGUAGGGGCGUGUUAGACUUCAUCGAGAAGGUGUCAGACUUCAACUUCGUUGACGCCCGUAUUCCAGAAGCGUUGAGAGGAGGCUGGAGCAUCGGGAUUCGAAGGCCUGAAUGAACGUUGUUCACUCAGGAUUGGCGUAUGUCCCAAUAUCUUCUACCUCUAGAACAAUCAACAACAGGGGAAUAUAGCUUUCACACCGAUGAUAGUUGCGCACGAUGCAGAUAUUUGUUGUUUUUAGAUUCUAACGGAGGAACAGGAACAUCACAUGGAGACUGUAAAUUCUAGAAGACUUCUUUUGAAUAUUGGGAUUUAGAACUAAUCCUAAAUUUAGAUUUGGAGCACCUCCACAUCGCGCAUUUUCAUUUUGUCACGCAUAUACUUAGAGAUCACUUUGCGCACGAGUGUUUUGGUAUGACGAGAUCUCUAUCGUUGUCCGCGAAACAACAAGAUGAAUCAUUCUUAGAUACUCAGUCUGGAUAAUACCAGGUCUGCAAUCACUACCAUACAGAUACUGAUACAGGAGCUUGCAAAGUUACCUGUACAGAGUGGUCUGUGAUGAAGACUAUGAUAUUUGAAAAUUUAUGAUGUACCUACUAGAACUAGAAGUUCGUAAUCGUAGUUCGUUGGGAAUCAAGAACAUACUAGAAGUUAAAGUUAAACUACUGUUUUUGAAUUCCAACAACUACGAGUAGUACGACAUCGACGACGAGCUUGCUCCUCUUAUUGAUCACGUUCAUAUAAUUCGUACUGUUAUAUAUUUAUACAGCGAAUCAAAUAGGCGAGCAGCUUGCCACUCUGCCUUGUUGCACGAUUUCAGAUUCC